CACACACACACACACACACACACACACACACACACACACACACCCCUCCUUCCUUGUUUCUCUGUCUUCUUCUUCAGUCAGUUUGUCUUUUAUCCAGUCUGUGUCUCUUCUGUUCUCUGCCGAAAAGCAAAGGAGAUAAAAUGAUAAUUUAAACACAUUAACACGAGAAAGAACGUUUUAUUUAUCUUUGUUUGUUCUCUUUAGGAGUAUUUUUGUGAGCGCAGGAGGACGCUGUGUAAUGUUGCUUUUUCUUUUUUUCUCAGGAGUCCCACAUUGUGCUGGUUGUUCCUGGUGCCAUGCCUGCUGAAAAGAAAUUCAAAAUUAGAGGCAAGGCAAAUGGGGUUUGAAAUCCCUCCAGAUUCUGAGCAAGMUAUCCAGAAGGAAAGGAAGGAGUUGAAACAUUUCUGAAAAAGCCGACUAACAGAAAGUGUAUGCUGCCUCUCACUGUGACCUUCCUGCCACCACCAUGAGCUGGAGCUUCCUGACACGCUUGCUGGAAGAAAUUCACAACCACUCCACAUUCGUGGGCAAGAUCUGGUUAACCGUCCUCCUCGUUUUCCGCAUCGUUCUGACGGCCGUUGGCGGCGAGUCCAUCUACUACGACGAGCAGAGCAAGUUCGUCUGCAACUCUGGCCAGCCGGGCUGCGAGAACGUCUGCUACGACGCCUUCGCGCCGCUGUCGCACGUCCGCUUUUGGGUCUUCCAAACCAUCCUGGUGGCCACGCCUUCGCUCAUGUAUCUGGGCUACGCUGUCAACAAAAUCGCCCGGGCGGAGGAGCRGGCGAACGGUGGGGGCUCGAGCAGAAGUUCGCAGAACAAAUCAAAGAAGUCUUAUCUCGCGGGCAGAAAACAGCACAGGGGCGUCGAAGAGGCUGAGGAUGACGACGACGAAGAAGAUCCGAUGAUCUAUGAGGCGACAGAGGAGGGUAGUGAUGCGGGCGGACCCGCAAAGGGAGGCGGCAGUGAGAAACACGUGAAAGUCAAGGUUCGGCACGAUGGGCGCCAGCGUAUCAAAGCAGAUGGACUGAUGCGCAUUUAUGUCAUCCAGCUGUUGGCCCGCUCGGUCCUGGAGGUGGCUUUUUUAUGUGGCCAGUACGUGCUGUAUGGAUUCGCCGUCCCCGCCAGAUUCGUGUGCUCAGACCUGCCCUGCCCUCACAGCGUGGACUGCUUCGUGUCUCGACCCACCGAGAAAACCAUCUUCCUCCUCAUCAUGUACACCGUCUCCCUGCUCUGUCUGGCCCUCAACGUAUGGGAGAUGCUCCACCUGGGCGUCGGCACCAUCUGCGAGAUCGUGCGUUCUCGCCGGCUGCCGCUCCCUGAUGAUGAGCUGUACGGACUCACCAGGAGAAACAAAGCUCUCAGCGAGGGAGGACUGAGUGGCGACGACUACACCAGCUACCCCUUCACCUGGAACGCACCGUCAGCCCCACCGGGGUACAACAUCGCCGUCAAGCCUCUUCUAGUGUCUAAAGGGAACCACAAUGCACCUCUACCCAUCAGCGACCUCACUAAUGCCAAGAUCACGUGCCGACAGAACCACGUGAACAUUGCCCAGGAGGAACGUCAGCAGUGCACCAAUUUUGAUGGGAGAGGAGAUGCCUCCAGAAAUGCUCAGGACUUGGGUCAGACCCAGAACAAGCUGAAGGCCGAUAACCAAGCCUACAGUCRGCUGCAGAGCCACAAUAACAACCACAGCAGGCCUAAUCGCGAACGUAAACACCGGCACGCCUCCAGACAYGCCUCCAGCAAGGCAGAGACCGACGGGGGCAGCAGCAGCACCAGCRUUAGCAGCAAAUACGGCGUGAUGAAGGGUUCAGAGUGGAUCUGAAGCACAGGUUUCUACUUCUGCAAAGGAUUUACUGGCAGAAAAUUUACAUUUCUGUAUCUGUACAAAACAGAUGACAACAGGGUGACCAAUUUAUAAUARUUUCAGUUUUAUUUGAGCAAUAAAAUGAAAAGCAGAUGUUAUUUUUCCCACCUAUCUGAACUUACAAGGGGUAAUAAACAGGAAAUUUCAUGCAGCUACUUCAMACUAAUUGGCUCUAAUGCUGAACUGAAACCGUUUACACAAGUAAACGUGUGUCUUAAAAAUAAAAUAAAGCUUUCCACCUCAGGGAGACAUCUAAAAUAUUCAAAUUUAGUAUUAUAGAAUUUGUUAUAAGUAACAGUUUAUAUUUUAAAGGUUUUAUGUCCUACAGUGAAGAGAAAGAUUUUUUGCUAACACAUUAUACAGCUAGGAAUACCGGUAAYGUGAUUGUAAAAUAAAUAGAUUAUUUAGUUCAGAGUUAGCCUCCAAAACAAUUAGUACUUUUUUAGCAGUAAGUUGAAGUUUUGUGUGGCGUAUUUCUUUAAGAUGCCUAAUUUUUUUAUUUUAUUUUACAUGAAGAACGAURGCUUUUUGUUAGCAGAGGCCUUUUUGUUGUAGUUUAAGUGCCUUUCUUGUUGAACUGCUCACAGUGACUCUACAUUACUUAUUUAAAUUAGUUUUGUUUAAACUCUUCAUCGUUGUAGAUACUAGGACUAACUGUUUAAAAUUCCAUUUCAAGAAAAAAUAAAGUUUUUCCUAUUUUCAUGAA